UAUUGUUAUACAGUUGUUGCAAAACACAAAAGAACAAAAUUGGAGGCAUAUCUGAGGUUAUGCGGACCUAACCUCACAAAUCCAAAGUUGUCAAACAAGUCACAAGUCAUCAACCUGUUUAAUCUGAACAUUAAUUAUCUUAACAUAUUCGCAUUAAAAUAAUAUGUAAACAAUGUGCGAAGUAGGGGAAAACAGCAGAAUUUUAGCCUCAACGCCGUCGUCUACAACGUCGGGUUGUUUAUCGAAUGACGAAGGUUCAGACGAUAGGCUCCUGCCUUCAAGUCUAGCGGCGGAAGAGUUGCAAUUGGCUUUAAACAAGGAAGCCACAGAGGAAGAGUUGUUAAAGGCUAUCACGCGAUGUAAGGACUUGGUUUUGGAGAGCAAUCAGUGUUCAUUGGAACGCAAGUGGCUCGUGAGGCACCUCAUAGAACUACGUUUGAGGCUACAAGAAUGUAGGGAAGCGAUGGAGGAUCCACUACAUCCACGGAAUAAAAGCAGUGGUGUGUCGAGGAGAACAGUGCGAGGGCACCAUUUAAACUUGCAGCCACUUCUGAGUACUUCCACAAAGUAUUGUGAUCAUUGUACUGGCACAAUUUGGAGUUUGGUGCAAGCUUGGUAUGAGUGUGAGGACUGUGGUUAUGCGUGUCAUUAUAAAUGCAUAUCGCAAAUAAUAAGAGAAUGUGCUCAUGUCGUUGCCAGUGAAAGGGGAGGAUAUGAGUUGGAAAUUUGCCCAGAAGAAGGUUUAUCAGCUCAAAAGUAUCUGUGCGCCGAGUGCCAGUCACCUCUCCCCAUAACUGCUCCAAAAGGAAUAAGCUGUCUCGGUAGAUUACUCUUUCCAGACAAAGACUGGUCCGAAGCCCGCAAAUGCGACUACUCCGGCCUUUACUACUGCACGGCCUGCCACUGGGGCAGCUCAGCCGUGGUCCCCGCCCGCGUGGUGCACAACUGGGACCUCGCCCCCCAGCCCGUGUGCCAGGCAAGUCUGCAGCAACUCCGCGUAACAGCAAAUCGCCCGCUUUUAAAUUUAGAAAAACUGAACCCACGCUUAUUUUCGCUCGUCCAUGAGCUGAGUUUAGUGCGCCGUUUGCGGCAAGAAUUACACGGAAUGAGGAAAUAUCUCUCAGUUUGUCGAAACGCUAAUGAAGACCAUUUGUUGUGGAAACACGUGGAUGUGCCGCAUUUAAUUGAAACGCCAGAACUGUACAGCUUGCAGGACCUGGUGGAUACGCAUUCAGGGGAGCUGCCGACGAAACUUCACACAAUCAUCGAUGUGUUUAGUAAACAUAUCAAGGUGAAGUGUGAGGUUUGUCGGGGGAGAGGACAUUUGUGCGAGAUUUGCUCAAAUGACGAAGUUUUGUUUCCUUUCGAUGCCGCGGCUGUGAUUUGCUCGGAGUGUAAUGCCGUCCUGCAUAAGAGCUGUUUUGGGCGGAAGAGUAAGUGCCCAAAGUGUCUGCGGUUGCAACAACGGAAGGAGCAGCAAUUAGGGGAUCAGAGUGAAGAAUGACUGUGAUAUAGCCGUGUUUUUUCUUUUACGCACAAGAGAUAACCCUAUCAGUAUAAAAUUAUAUCCAUGUUUGUUUCAAGCUUUUAUAAUACGUAUGUAUUUAUUUAAAUAAUAAACUAUUGUUACUUA